GCAGCCUCCAUGGACUCGACAGCCGCAUGCAUUCGUACGGAGUGGUCGCGUUCUUUGGUUACUUGUUUCUCUCAACUCCAAGCGUGAAGCCUCCAUCUAAUCACGCAACAUGACUGAGACAUCGGACAGCGAGUUUCCAGGCCACUACGCGCGGACGCUAACUCAGGAGGAAGCGGCAAAACUGGCGAAGGAUACGGUUUUGGUUUCAGAGUUCAAGAGGUUGAAACUAGAAGCCGAAGCUCAGAAAAACUGGGACCUCUUCUACAAACGGAACGAGACUCGCUUCUUCAAGGACAGGCACUGGACUAAGCGUGAGUUUGAGGAACUAGCCGCCAGCGAUUUGGAUUUGCCGAGCGACGGGACUCCGGUGUUACUUGAGGUCGGCUGCGGUGUUGGCAAUUUCGCGUUCCCGCUCAUCGAGGAAGAGACGAGCUAUUACAUAUACGCCUGCGAUUUCUCGCCGCGUGCAGUCCAGUUCGUGAAGUCGCACCCGUUGUACGACGAGGAACGCGCCAUCACGGCUUUUCAGUGCGACAUCACCAAAGACCGCCUCGUCGACAAAGUACCCCCCGAAGGUGUCGACGUGGUCACCAUGAUAUUCGUCCUGUCCGCCAUUCAGCCUGAUAAGAUGCACGAAGCUCUGAGGAACGUGUACGAAACGCUAAAGCCCGGAGGCCUCGUUCUCUUCAGGGACUAUGGCUUGUUCGACCAGGCGAUGCUGAGAUUCGCACCCGGCCACAAGAUAGACACCAAUUUCUACGUGCGCCAAGACGGCACGAGGGCCUUCUACUUUUCGGAGCAGUUUCUAGAAACGCUGUUCACGGACGCCGGCUACGAAGUGGUGAGCAACGAAUACGUGUGUCGCGAGACAGUAAACAAGAAGGAAGGCAUCUGUGUGCCUCGGAUAUUUGUGCAAGGAAAGUUCAGGAAGCCACGAAGCAAGACGCAAGAAACAUCUUUUAACGGAGCAAGCAGCUGACGUGUCUGUGCGUGUGCUUUUAAGUCUACAGAGAUAUAAAUACGUCAGUGGGUUCAUGCAACGUCCUUUAUUGAAUCGUGACAAAAUGCAUGCUGUCAACACUAAAUGUGAUGUGUGGGUGUUGAUGUGAAACCGAUUGUCAUUGUUGGUGUAGGCAAAGGGACAAUUAUGGACAAGUUCACUGGUCUGCCCAACUGUGACACAAAAGUAUCAACAUGUAUCUCUUGUCUCGGACAGGUGCAGCCUUGCAGAAGACAGGUCUACUUGUCGAAACGUCGGUUCCAGCGACACCCGUGUUGACGGAUAUCAUCUCUUCAAGCUUCCAAUUUCCCCCAAACUUCUACCUUUUUUUUCUAUU